AUGUCAAACACCGACUUCCUCGGCCGCGCGAUAGACACGGUGCGCCGCGCCAUCGAUGCUGAUAAUGGCAACCAGUACGACAAAGCCUACCAGCUGUAUUACCAGUCUCUCGAGCUAUUCAUGCUCGCUCUCAAGUGGGAAAAGAACCCCAAGUCCAAGGAAAUGAUUCGUCAAAAGACCGCCGAAUACAUGGACCGUGCCGAAAAGCUCAAGUCACAUCUCGCCGAUGCCGAUGCCAAGCGGAAGAAGCCCGGCAUGGUUGGUGCUAAUGGCUCCAGCACUGGUGGAACAGCCAAAGGCAAGCAGGAUGGCGACGGUGAGGUGAACGAGGACAACCAGAAACUGAGAAACGCACUGGCUGGCGCCAUUCUCCAAGAUCGGCCGAAUGUCAAGUGGGAUGACGUUGCCGGUUUGGACGGUGCCAAAGAAGCAUUGAAAGAAGCUGUACUGCUUCCCAUCAAGUUUCCCCAUUUAUUUCAAGGCAAGAGGCAGCCAUGGAAAGGUAUCUUGCUGUACGGUCCGCCUGGAACGGGUAAGAGUUACUUGGCAAAAGCAGUCGCCACAGAGGCCAAGAGUACAUUUUUCAGCAUAUCAAGUUCCGACUUGGUGAGCAAAUGGAUGGGUGAAAGUGAACGGUUGGUCAAGCAACUUUUUGCCAUGGCUCGCGAGAAUAAACCCUCGAUUGUUUUCAUCGAUGAGAUUGACGCUCUCUGCGGCCCGCGAGGCGAAGGUGAAUCAGAAGCUUCACGCAGAAUCAAGACGGAAAUGCUGGUACAGAUGGAUGGUGUGGGCAAAGACUCGACCGGUGUGUUGGUUCUCGGCGCCACGAAUAUCCCCUGGCAACUCGAUGCCGCUAUUCGAAGGCGUUUCCAGAGGCGCGUGCAUAUUAGUCUGCCUGAUAUUGCAGCAAGAACGACAAUGUUCAAGCUCGCCAUUGGAGAAACGCCAACAACCCUAAAGAAUGAGGAUUACAGGGAGUUGGCAAAGUUGGCCGAGGGCUACUCUGGUAGCGAUAUUGCAAUUGCUGUACAAGACGCCCUAAUGCAGCCAGUGCGAAAGAUUCAACAAGCUACACACUUUAAAGAGGUCGAAAAGGACGGCAUGACCAAGGUUACUCCAUGUUCGCCUGGAGACAAGGGCGCCAAAGAAAUGACUUGGGCCGACGUUGAAGGCGAGGCAUUGUUGGAACCCUUGGUUGACUUCAAGGACUUUGUCAAGGCCAUCAAGGGUUCGCGGCCGACUGUGUCGCAAGUGGAUCUGCAAAGGAAUUCCGAGUGGACAAAGGAGUUUGGAAGUGAAGGAAACUGA